AGCUUCAGCUAUAUUGUUAUUAUUUGUAUUACUUAAUGUAUAAAUCAGGUGCACAAUAUGCAUGCAUACAUCCGUGCAUUAAACCCUAGAUCAAUAAAUAAACAUGUUACCAGUUAGUGGAUAAUUAAUAUCAAAUAACACCGACGAGGUCGCCUGUCAUUUGUGUGCAGACAUGGACGACAUCAACGACGUCAAGAUCGUCGCCUGUGAGAACUCCAAAUACAUCAAACCAUUGCGUCUGCAGUACACACAGAAUGGCAAGAAGAAAAUCUGGGAUGCGAUGAAAGUGCAUGACAGCGUGGUGGUGGUCGUCUACAACUCCUCACGGGACGUGUUGGUGCUCGUCAGACAGUUCAGACCCGCCAUUUAUAUCAACUCUGUGGAAAUCUCCCGUCUAGAAGACGGGUCGCAGUAUGUGGAUAUCGGGAAAUACCCGGGCCACCUGGGUCUGACGUAUGAGUUCUGUGCGGGAAUUAUAGACAAGGACAAACCGAUUCUGGACAUAGCGCGCGAAGAGCUGCUCGAGGAAUGCGGGUAUGCGGUACCACCCGAAUGUAUCCGAAGGAUUACCGGCUUCCGAACCGGAGUCGGAACAGCGGGUGCCCGACAAGAAAUGUUCUACGCCGAAGUUACCGACGAAAUGAAGGUUGCCGCCGGCGGUGGUAUCGCCGAUGAAGGGGAAAUGAUCGAUGUCGUAGAGAUACCGGCUGCCGACGCACUAAAGUUUGCUUACGAUGAGACCAUCAAUAAGCCCGUCGGCGUUUUAUAUGGAUUGACUUGGUUUAUGACCAGUGUUUAUCAGAAGCCUGUAUAGCGGUGAACCGUUGUUUAUCGCUACAUACUGGUUAUGUUUGUGUUUACAUACUCGUGUACUUAUUUAUAUAUCAAACAUUUUCAAAUGUGUUAAUAUUCGUUCGUGUUAUUUACAGCCUUGUUUGUUUGUCUUUCUGCUUCUAAAAGUGAUAAGUUAAUAUUAACGUACCGGUAGUCUAUCAAGACUUAAUAGCAAAUCAUGUUUAACGCAUCAUUUAGCAUUUUCUGGUACUGUCCGUUUUAUUAUAGGCAUUGUCAUGUGAUAAUUAUAUGAAUGAAUUAGACCUGAUAAAUAUACAUGGAAACUGUC